AUGACAUCCAAUUCCAAUUCCAACCCCAAUCCCACCUCCCCAAUCCCCAUCAUCGACUUCUCCCCCUUCCUGCACCCCACAACCCCCACCUCCCGUCUCCAAACCGCCAAAGCUCUCGUCGACGCCUGUCGCCAGGUCGGUUUCGUAUACAUCAUAAAUCACGAUAUCCCCUCCUCAUUGCUCGACGAAGCGUUCGCCAUAACGAAAAGACUCUUUGAUCUCUCACACGAAGAGAAGAUGCAGGCGGAGCAUCCGCCAGGUCCAACUGUACAUCGAGGAUAUUCGUAUCCCGGGUUGGAGAAGGUGUAUCAGGUGAUUAGUGAUGAUGCUGCGUUGGGGGAGCAGUUGAGAGGAGUGAGGGAUGUUAAGGAAAGUUACGAAAUCGGUUCCGAACAAAACCCCUCCCAACCCAACAUCUGGCUCCCCGACUCCACCCUCCCCCAUUUCCACCCCUUCAUGCAAUCUUUCUACCACCUCCUAUCCAGCACCGCCCACGAAAUCCUCCUCGCACUCGGUGCCGGACUCGAGCUUCGAGAUCCCUCCUUCAUAGCGAAUUUUCAUUCGGGGCAUGGAAAUCAACUGCGCCUCUUACAUUAUCCCCCCAUUCGCGCUUCAGAAGUAGAGUCGGGGCUUGCGGUGCGCAUGCCGGCGCAUAGUGAUUGGGGAAGUAUCACGAUGGUAUUUCAGGAUGAGUGUGGAGGGUUGGAGAUUGAGGAUCCGGGGAGGCCGGGGGUGUUCAUUAGGGCGGACCCGGUUCGAGGUGCGAUUGUAAUGAAUGUGGGGGAUUUGUUGAUGAGGUGGAGUAACGAUGACCUCAAAUCCACACUCCAUCGCGUUCAAAUUCCUCCUCUAGCGUCUCGCUAUACGGCAAUUGAUGAAGGAGAAAGAAUGACUCAAGCUCGCUAUUCUAUCCCCUAUUUCUGUGGACCGGAUCCGGAUAAAUUGAUAGAGGUUCUUGGGGAAUGUGUAAAGGACGGGGAAAAAGCAAAGUAUGAACCGAUUUUGGCGGGGGAAUAUUUUAGGAUGAGGGGCGCGUUGCAGUAUCAGAGUUAG